UUGACAAAUGACAGUUCUGGCAGCUCAUAAGCGUAGCGAAGAAGUUGUUUCUUGGAAUAAAAUCAAUCAAUAAUUAUUAUCCUAAUGUUUAAUCCUCAAUAAUAAAAUUUUUAUGUCUCAUACAAAGUGACAAUGAAAUGGCUUCUCCAAUUUUGGUUUUUCCAAAGUUGUAUAAUAAUUCUUUGCUUCUUCCGAAGUUAUUUAGCCGAACUAGAGGACCCAUAUAAAAUCUUAGGUUUAACUAGACAUGCUGCUACAGAGGACAUAAGAAGAGCUUAUGUUCGAUUAGUCAAGUCUUGGCAUCCAGAUAAGUCUAGUGAUCCUUCAGCAAGUGACAAAUUUGUCCAGAUUGUCCAUGCUUAUGAAUUGCUGAACGAUCCAGAAAGACGGAGAAAAUAUGAUUUGAGAGGAAUAACUGAAGAUAAUUCCCAUAUGCGACCUGAAGGUUAUAGUUAUGCUGAUGAUCAUUAUGAAGAAAUGUUCAACCAUUUUAGAAAUCAAGAGAAUGAAAUUACAUUCUUUCACAAGUUAGCUAUCAAUACAAGGAAGUAUGAAAAACAGAUAGUACCAAAAAGUUCUCUUACUCCAUUUUUAGUAUUUUUUUAUACUGAUUGGUGCUUCCCAUGCCUUCAAGCAAUUCCACAAUUUAGAAAAAUGAUGGAUACUUUUGAGCCACUGGGAAUUAGUUUUGCGGCAAUUCAUUCAGGGCAUGAAUUUAGUCUAGCAAGAAGGCUCAGUAUUCACGGUCUGCCUUGCUUAGUAUUGAUUUUAGAUGGAAACCCUUAUGUAUUCAAAGACAUUUUUGAUCUUUCUAAAGUAAUAGAGUUUAUCAGGCAAAAAAUGCCUUACAAGUUAGUGCCUGAAAUCAAGGAGGAUGAUUUAGAAGAAUUUUUGAACGGUUGGGAGGAUAAUAAAGUUAGAGGACUGAUAUUUCAACCAAAGGAUGCUGUGAAGUUGAAGUUAAGAUAUUAUGUAGCUGCAUACCAUUUUAGGUAUCGUGUUGCUUUUGGUUAUGUUGAUUCUGAAGAAAUUGGGAAGAAAUUUCAAGUACCUCCCGAUAUGGAUACAGUUCUUUUGUUCAAUGAAAAUACUACUCGACCAAUGACAAGUGUCAGUAUGAAAGACAUACCUAGCUCCACACUUAAACAUAUAAUUUCUUCAAAUCAAUAUCUAACCCUUCCAAGAUUAUCAUCACAGGAAGUUUUUGAAGGACUUUGUCCAUGUGAAUGGCAUAGGCCUCGAAAAAAACUCUGCGUUAUUUUAGUGACAGAAGAAUCCAGUAAACAUAAUCCACAUCGUGAAGCUUUGAGAAUUUUUGCACGGACCACACAAUUUAAAGUGGAUAAAGUGAGGUUUGCUUAUAUAUAUCAUGGAAAGCAAAUGGAUUUUGUAAACUCCUUGUUACCAGAGGGACAAAAUGUGGAACCAAUGUUGAGGAUAGUAAUUAUAUGGAGGAGAGACGUUUCACAUGUGAAAUACGAAUGGUUGAAUGACAAGUGGGAAUCGAAUUAUGAUUACAACGACAGCUUCCACUCGUUGGAUCUCUCAAUUGCUCGAUUGCUGAAAACAAAUGAAGCUUUGAGUUAUGAAGGUUUUAUCAAGGCUUUAUUCAAUGAACAUGCAACGGGUAUAUGGGGUAGGAUUUUCACAAGAGUUGUAGCUUUUAUCGAUUCCGUAUAUGAUGGGCUCAGGAAAGAACAGAUUCUACCACUAGCCUCUGUGGUAGGAACACUUCUGUUUAUAAUACUUCUAGGAUACUUAAUGGCGUAUUUAGUCCGUUUAGAAGAAGAAGAUGUAAGGAGAAGGGAAGCGAAUUCGGGAAAUAAUAACAAUGAACUUUCCAGUUAUCAGCCUGAGCUCAAACUCCACGAAUUACGAGGAGAAACGUAUUAUGGCCUUAUCCGUAUGCUCAAACCUGGCUGUCGGACAAUUCUCCUCAUUUUAGAUAUGCAAUCUCGACAACAGUUGAUUCCACCAUUCCAUAAAGCAAUGUGGCCGUACAGAAAGAAUAAAUUCUUAAUGUUCAGUUAUAUGUACAUUGAGAGAGGUCUUAGUUGGUACAAGGAGCUCCUUCAAUUAGCUCUACCUGAAGAUUCCGAGUUGGUCAUAAAUCCAAGGAAUUGUGUGGGUACAGUACUGGCUCUGAACGGCCAUCGGAAAUACUUCUGUAUGUUUCAUGCAAAACAUUCUGAGAGAUAUGGUAAAAAGAGAGGUAUAAAAUCGACUGCCCAAGGUCAUGGUGAUCCUGAAAGUGGGGCCUUUAUAGGCUUCGACUCCAGUUCGGACUCUGAAGAAGAAGUACUUUUAGAGGGAAAUCUACUUGACGGUUUGCCAAACUGGCUUGACCGUCUCUUUGAGGGUUCCACUCGUCGUUAUCACUUUAAUUAUUGGCCAGAUUUCCCUAAUAAAUAGGUUGUAAAACGCUUUUGGCAUUCGUCUGCCUACAUUGAUCAUAUAAGUUUUUAUUUAUUUAUUUAUAUCUAUUUAAAUUUCGUAACGAAAACUGUACAUAUAUUUAAAAGUAAUUUAAAUGCUAUAUUGUGUUUUUCAAUUGAAUGUUGUUUCUUUUUUCAGAAAAGCGUGAAUCUUUUUUAAAAAAACAAUUGUAUGUUUUAUCGUUUUUUGUUACUUAUUUUUACCAUGAUUCUUCUGCAGACCUGCAGAUAGAAUUCGUAUAUAUACCUCAUAUUCUUCAUUCAUUCAUUUUAUUAAAAAAUUUGAUUCCAAGAACGCUGAUUUUCAUUUAUGGAAUUCAAAAACAUGUAUUUAGUGUGUGCUUCAUUGUCCGUAUGUAUGUUUGUAUAAAUUUUGGGACCAUUUUCUAUGAUACAAAACAAUUUUUUUAAGGAACACUAAUAAAUAUCUUAUUAGGGAAGAAUUAACGGUUUUUUCUAGUUCCAAGCUAUAGACUUGAGAAAAUCUUUUUUUUUUAAUAAUCUGUUAAUGGCAAUAGAUACAUAGUGAAUGGCCUCCCAUGUUUUUUGAGACAGACCGUACCCUUGUGUUGCUAUUUUCAUUCAUUUCAGAAAGUGUAUUUUAUGCUAUUUAUUUUUCCUUUCACAUAUGGUUAAAAUUCCUGAAUGUGAUAUUCUUAGAGCCCUUAAACGGCACAUAUUUGAACGAAACUGAAAAAGUUCCUAUUUUUGAUUGGAUUGUUACCACCAAUUUCGGGAAUGUUGUUUUAGUUCUAAAAUUAUUGUUAUUUUACUAAGGGAAAACUUUUUUUUUCUAUAGAGUAUCGAAUAAUUGUUUCCACUCUAUACUAUAAUAGUUUUAUUAUACAGGAUGACCCAUUUUAAAAAGUCCACUGAAAUAACUCCUUGGGAAGUGCCUAGAAUAAAAAAUGUUGCAAAUGGAAGUUUCUAAUCUUCAGGAGGACAUCCAAUGGUCCGUAUAUCAGCUUGGUUACUAAGGUUAGUAAGUUGGUGGUCGAAUAUGUCGUAUUCCUCAAAAACCGUUGACUAUUUCCCCAAACUUUGGUGAGUUAUCUGUCACCAGAGCAACCAUACUUUUAUUCUGGUAAGGAUCGGUAACCACGCCCACUCCGGUUGUUAGUUGUCAUUUUGAUUUUCAGAUUAUUGUUUAUGAAUAUUUUCCAUGACAUCUGACACUCAAAAACUUUAUUAUUUUAAUUUUGAACCAAAUACCCUACUACGCCAUUAAGAACUAUUGGUUAUUUACAAAUUAAAAGAGAUCAACCAUUUAUAACCUCCAAAAUUCUGUCAAUGAAAAAUUUAGUUGACAAGUGUCAAGUCCGUAAAUACGAAACAGGUUACCUCAAACAUUGAAAACCGCUAUUCUCGGCAAUAGACCAUGCCCAAUGUAAAUAUUCAAUGUGACCUUGGAGUUUGAUUUGAAGGACAUUUUAAGGUCAAGCAGAUUUUAUGAAUAGGAUAUAAGUAUACAUUUUUCUUUGCAGAAUCUCAUUCUUCCCAAACAAAGACAUGCGUAAGUGUAAAACACUUCAUUCGAAUUAAUAUUCCCUAUUAAAAAAAAAUCUACUUAACCUUGAAAUCAACCUUCAAGGUCACAUACAUUGAAUGUCUGCAUUUGAUGUCCCCCCUGAAACUAAAAAACCUUCAUUUGAUACAAUUUUGGAUUCAGGCUCUUCCCAAGGAGUUUUUUUAGUGGAUCCUUUAAAAUGGGUCACCCUGUAGAUCCUCUGAGAUUAAAAAACAUCAAUGAGCUUAGUGAAGUUGUUUCAGGAUUAUCCUUAGAAACAACAUAGCUGAAAGGCAUUGUUCUUAUUCCUAUAACAUUUCAAUUUUAGUGGACACAGAGGACGAGAAACAGCUUUUUACGUAUUUAUCGAAAUAUACAGGGAGAGUCGGUAUAUUUUUUACCUUUCUCUUUAUAAUUUUUUUUUUUAUUUGACUUGGUAUUAAUGUUAUAGUUAUAUUCAGGUGAAUACACCCCUGACGGUAGGUUGUGAUACAACGGACAUCAAAUAUUACAUAACUCGUUUGAAAUUCAGUGCAUGUAUUCAGAAACGGUUUUCUGCUUAAUUCUGAUGAAGAUAUUUUGAGACGUAAUAAGACAUUUUAUGAAUUUCAGGAGGAAUAUGUGAUAUUUCCAAAACUAUGAUCUUAAAACAAAUUAUUCCUCCUACUCAUGGAAAAAUCUUUUAUUGUUUUUCAUUCUUUCAUUACUUAUUGCAAUUUUGAUCGAAAUAAAACUUAAGACAACUACAUCUUAACGCCAUUUUACAUUCAAUUAAUAAUUAUUUAUGUUGACUCUAAGAAUAUCAUUAUAUAGUUUUGUUACUUUGUGAAGUAGUUUUGUAAGUAUACCAAUAUUAGCAAAAAAAAAGUUUUUUGUAACUCGUUCAAAGCUGGUUAGCGUAGAUUUUAUAUUGACUGCUGAACUGUUCGAAGUUGAAACUGUAUAUUUAACUAAUCGAUAAUACUUUCAAACUUAUUGGACAGACAAUAUUGUUCAAUCAUAUUAGGUGGAAAUUUUUAAACGAUUUAAUGAGCUUUUGUGAUUUGUGACAGGCAUGCUCCAAUUCACACAUCUCAAAACGUACUGUGCACCUACAAUUUACAUGUAGCGAUCUUGAAAGAAGAAAUUCAUGCUAAUUAAUAAUGUUCAUCCUAUAAAAUGGAGAUUUUUCUAGUCAUCUUGAAUCAAGUAUUAGUUUAAGAACAAGCUGCCAAAGAUUUGAGCAAAUAAUGAACGCCAUUCUAUUCCCUUUCUUAUUAAGGUUUUUUGUUUUCCAACACUUUCAUAAUGUGGAAAAAAAACAUUGACUUCAAUAGAUUGUUAAUUCGACUAGGAUAGUUAUAGUAAUUGAUAACAUUUCUAUGAAUACUGAAUUGUUAGAUAAUAAAUUUUUAAAAUUGA